CACAAAACCUCACCAAUUCGUCCGUUCUUCGUCCGCAUUUCGUCCGUAUACAUCAUCACCACCUCUCACCAUCUCACCCAUCCAACCCAUUCAGUCCCCUUCAUAUUCACCUCUUCGGCCGAAUAACUCUCCUACAAACAUGUCCGAACCACCCGCCAAGCGCCGCAAAGUUCGAAAAGGAACACGAAGCUGCUGGGAAUGCCGCCGCCGUAAGAUAAAAUGCCAGUUCUCAAAGGAGGACGACCCAAUCUGCAUUGGCUGCACACAGCGCGAGACAAGCUGUAUAUCACAGGAAUAUGUCCCCACGCCGCCCGCCGCGCCCCAAGACAAGCGUCUUGCGCAGCGCCUCGGCCGUCUGGAGGAGCUGAUGGAGAAGCUAGUCGACAAGCCGCUGCCAUCGCCAGAAUCAGAAGAUCCCGCGCUGGAGCGGUUCACGCAGCAUACGGCUGAUGUGUUUGAGUCGUCGGUCGUGGAUAACGCGCAGCAGAUUCUGGACCAACCUGACGCUGCGAUCGUGACGCACAGGUUUCCUAGCAGGUCUGCAAAGGCGACGCAUGUUUCUGCGCAGCUGCACGCGCUUUUCCCGUCGCAGCAGAUCCUGUAUGCUAUUUCGCAGCAGAGCCCUGGGGCGCGCUUUGUCCUGGCCAUGUUUUACUCGCAGCAGGAUCAGAUUGAUGGGAAGCCUGAGCCUUUGUCGGCACUGGCGCAGAUACCACCUGUGACAAGCCAUCCCGCCAUUCUCGCCAAACGUCUUCUACAACUUGCCGUCUGUCUGCAGCAGAUGCCUCCGUAUUUCGAUGGGAGUACCCUCGGGUUGAGUAAAUCGCCCCGCGAGACGAUGGAGGAGUGGAUUGCCGUUACUGGACGACUAGUCACGUCAGACGAUGACUUUGUCGGGUGCUUAGAAGGUCUCGAGUGUCUGAUCCUCCAGAGUUUCUACCAAAGCGACGCAGGACAUUUGCGAAAAGCGUGGCUGACAGGCCGUCGCGCUCUAAACAUGGCGCAGCUCAUGGGCAUUGAUCGCAAGAGCGCCAAGUCAAUCAAAUCCGUAGACCCAUCAUUCAGCAACAAGCAUCGCCCUUCACCACCAGUCAUUUGGUUCCGCAUCAACUGCAACGACCGCUACGUCUCGCUCAUUCUCGGGCUGCCAAUUGGCUCUCGCGAUAACAGUUUCGCAGAGGACAAUGCUCUCGUGUCGGAUGCACCGAGCGACAAGCUUGGCAAAGUGUACGCCAUGAUGGCGGGCAAGAUCGCGGAUAGGAAUGAGCUCAAAGGCAGUGAGGCAUAUGUCCUCACGCAGUCCAUCGACAUGGAGCUUGAAAAGGCGUACAAGAUGAUGGAUGAUGGUCUGUGGUGGAAAUUACCCGACAUGGCGAUCUGCUGCGGUACAUCCGACGCGUCAGGCGACGGGAUGAGCGUGAUAAAGCUUCAAAUCCGACAUUUCUCGCUUCUAAUCCUUCUCCAUCUUCCCUAUCUUCUUCGCGAUCGCGGCCAACGACGAUACGAGUAUAACCGCGCAACAUGCAUGCAGGCAAGUCGCGACGUGCUCGACCGAUUCCUCGAGUACCGCAAUUGCUUUACAACAUCCAUAUCAGGCCGACACGUCGAUUACUCCGCCCUCGUGGCGGCCAUGACGCUCCUGCUAGGAUACCUCGGGUGGCGCUGGCCAGGCUACGAGACAGAAAAAGAGCACGACAGAGACCUGGCCGAAAAGACACAGGAAAGGAUGCAAGAAAUGGGCGCGCUAAACAACGACCGGCUCUGCAUCGAAGCGGCGGAAACAAUCCGGCAGCUUCUGCCCAUCGUGCAGAGACAAUCAGGCACGAGCGGAGAAAACGUCCAUCUCAACGUCCCGUUCCUGGGUACGGUGAACAUCAACCCCGGCCCGACGCCGCCCGCCUCCACAGCGAGCAUGAUGGCGUCCAACAGCACCACGCCCAGUGGCAACGUCGACAUGUCACAGUUCCCGCUGUCGUUCAACUCGCCAAGCUUUGGCUCCGAAAACUGCGACCUCUCCACAACGUGCGCCUUUGCGCCUGAUGUGUUGGACUCCAACUGGCCCUGCUUCACGGCCGACCCAGAGGAUUGGGCACUGCAGGGUGUGGACACUACGUACUGGACUAUGCUCAACAGCAGUAUAGCAUGAGGAUAAAGAUAUGUAUGAUUAUGAUAUUUAUACCCAAGACGAACCAAUAAAACACCAAACGAAUGCAUCCAAUACCAACGUGUAAAACAAAGGGACUAGGCUUGUCUAGCCAGGGUAUCUCCACCAGGUAACCUCCUCAACAAACGCCACAAAUGAGAUCAACUCCAGUUCCGGGUGCAUGUAGUUUGAGCGCAUAGGUAGUAUUCAGUCCUGUAAGCCUUCUACCAGGGCCUCACGGUCAACAUCAACGGUAGUGACCUGAGCGGGCGCGCCCUUUCGUUUCUGAGCAGCCCAGUAUUGAUGAAAGCCAGGAAUCGACCCGGGCUGGUUGAUACCCGGCGUCCGGUUAAUAUUCCUGUCCUUUUCCUUCUCCGCAGGUUUUGGAGGGGCAUUUUCACUACUGCCCGAAGCCCAAGGCCUCCAGCCAACCCAUUUUCCUAUUCCUCCUGCGGGGCUCCCUUGGGGGGUGUCCGAAGGAGCUGGCGACGCAGAUCUGUUUGACCCAGGCCUGUUAAGUGGGUUGGACACAGUUCUACUUGAGGGAAGACCAGCGAAAGUGUCUCGGAGGGCAGCGGUGCUUCGCUUGGCUGCACCUCUGUACAGUGUGGGCUGCGCUGUGACGCCCGUGACGACAGCUUCAGCGCCACCAAGUGGUCGAAGGGUGAGCUGGCUAGGCCGAGCCUUGAGCGUGUGAAUGUCAAGGCCGCCGGUAAGAGACAUGAUGGAUUCGUGAGAAAUAGCUCGAUGAAUCCUUGGACGCGGCAUGUAUUCGUCUCUAUUGUCCUCAGAGCUCUCGACGAUUGAGCUCUCGUCAAUUGACGGGGUGUUGCCGAGAUCGGGUGUCUCGGUUCGAGACAUGACCUCCUCGCCCUCAUUUUCAUCCUCCUCAUGUAUCACAUCAUCAUUAAAUUGACGCGAGUUUUGAGGCGGCGUGCCUGGAUCAAGCUGGAGGGAAGGUGCUUGAAGGCUGAAAGCCGAAAUGUCAGACGGGCCUUUACGGUGCGUCCGCCAGGUGGGCGACAUGGGGUCAAAGCUCGUAGCUGGCGACAUUGGAUAAUCGCUGUCGCCAAAAUUCGAGUCAAACAUCGAGUUUCGCAGAUUCGAUCGUGGUGAACUUGGUACGGACGAUGCGAUUUCAGAAGGUUGCUCUGAGAGCAUGGACCAUCUCUGUUUGGGCAUCGAAAUGACAGAGUUGGGUUCUUUGGUGUUAAUGGAAGCGAGGGCAGGCAGGGCAGGCCCCAAGCUCCAGCGAGCGGAAUUUCUUGGGGUUGAUGUGCCAGAACUUGUCGAGGCUGAAAAUAUACUAGAAUUCAAGCUCGCACGCUUCCGCCUCAUUUUUUGUUUGUCGGCCUUGGCUGAAACAUGAUAAUGGUGGUGGAUGUGGAGCUCUUGCGAAAUUCGAGGAGUCGUCGGCGGCUCAUAAGCCUCGAGUUCGUCUUUGAGAGUCAUACUGCUAUCGGCGAUUGGCUGGUGGGUGACAAGUUGUUCUCGCAGAGACUGAAUCUCAUCGUUCGAAUUGAGAAGCAUCUCCCGUAGCUCAGCCAUGCCAAGCUGUAGAUUGGCAUUGUCUUGAAGAAGAUCCCGAACGAAAUGAUUGACGACAGAAUUUCCUGGCUUGGGUUCCUGCAGUGUCUUUGAUGCAGCUGCACCUUUUAGACGACCGGCGGCUGUAUUGAGCUGCUUCUCAACUUGACGUUGACGCUCCAUUCGCCCAAUAACCUCGGCAUGUCUUUGUCGCUCCUCUCGAGCUUCCUCUUCCAUCCUCUCCAGCUGGUCCUGCAUAUCCAUGAUACCGCGUUGCGCCUCCUUGCAACGUUGUGCAUGUGUUCGAGCAUCUUCUUUCGUCGACCUCAAUUCGUGAUAGAGAUCGUCCUGUUCGAGUUCCAAGAGGGAAAUGUGCCUCUCAGCAUCUUCGGCUCGCAGGGCAGCAGACUCGAGUCUUCGGACGGCUUGUUGGGACGACAGCAGACUUGCUUCGAGUGCUUUGAUCUUUGUAUCGGAUUCGGAGACGGUGUUGUUGAGCUGUUCAAGCUGGUCGAGGAGAUUACGAUUCUCCUCAAUUUUCAGGGCAUUCUCAGCCUCUAAUUCCUGCUUGGCCAUUUCCAGACGCUCUAUCCUGGAGGAAAGAUCAAGACGGUCCCUCUCCGCGUCGGCCAUAUAUGCUUCAUGUCUAGCGAGUAGAGCCUACAAGGGAGACAGACAAGUCAGCAGUGUGAUGGGGCAUUGACGUGUCUAGCGGGGACUGGCAUGCGGGACAUGCGGGUGUUUAGGCGGUGGAAGAAUUGGCAGCUGUAUAAAAGCAGAGGAAUGCCCCAAAAUUGAGGACUGGUACCUGACUAACCUGACCAAGUUGUGCCGCGGUAUGGACAUCUUUUUCGACUGUUUCUAGAAUGGAGCAAUUUUUCUUGAGGAGAGCGCAGUCGAUUCGUCCGCAGCAGCAAGUCAUCUCAGAGAUAUGCGGCUCCGGCCCAAAAUCCGGCCUCUCCAUGAUGGGCGGAGCGAAAUCGGAGAUGGAGAGGCCUUUUGAAGCUUUGAUUAUUGUACAGAUAAUAGGGUAAAGAGUUGGCGAAGGGUAACGAAGGCGGCGGAAGACAAGGGAUCGGUCGGCAACAUGAUAAUACUGUAGAUCGAAGGAGAUAAGGAAUGAUUGAAGGGCGAGAUUAGAACAUGGUCCGUCGGCAGCUAAUGUUGGACUCGUGACGAGCCAGAGUCCAAGGCAAGAAGAUGAUGACCGUCUCGUCGGGUUCGAGUCGUUUUGAUGGGAACGGCUGGUGUUUACUGUUGAGCCAAACAAAGAGGGUCUUUGUUUGUGUAUAAUUGGCUGAGGUUGUAAUUGGUAUGUGGGCUCCCGCGCGAGUCUAAGUUGGGUAGGAGUGGAGUUUUGUUCCUGACUUAGCGAGAUCGCCGAAAGUUGAAGUUUUGGAGUAAACAAAGAAGUGAUGCAGAUAAAUAUGGACAGACUGCAGUGACGACUUGUUUGUAUUCGUAGGUGUUUGCACUGCGUGAAUAAACAAGGCAGAUGAGGCCUCAAAAGAGACCAACCUCAGCCACU